AUGAACAGAAGCUGUGUCAGUUGUGCCACGUCCAAGGUCCGAUGCGACCUCGACAAGAAAGGUUUUCCGUGCUCGCGAUGCCAGCAGAAGAACUCAACUUGCGUGAAAGCCGGACGUAAGAAACGGACGAGGAAAACAACGCCCAGCAUCGUCAGUUCAAACCCAUCGCCACAGGAGAGCGUGCAGCAAAAUGAACCGCAGCCACUGAUCGAGCAGAAUGUCGAUUUCUCAUUCUUUGAUACAUCCUCCUUUGGCGAAAUCGACUUUCUAUCACAACUUGUUGAUAUCGAGAGCAUGGUUGACAUGAGUAGUUGGACAUGGAGUCCUAGCGAUAUGGCAUCGCCUAUUGGCGAGAACAUCUUGACUGACAACCAUGUUCUUUGGGCCGGGAUGAGAACAAAUGACGGAUUCAUCUGCCCCGAUAAUUUUCGACUUCCAGCAGACUUCCUUCUUGACCUUGACGGUCCAGAGACUAUCCCUGUGCAUCGCCUUGAGACGCUGGCCAGGCUCUUCUUCUCGCACUUUCACCCUUCACUUCCCCUACUGCAUAUUCCAACAUUCUGCCUAGCUUCAUCAUCUUCUGUUCUAAAACGAGCAAUUUGCUUUAUUGGCGCCGGCUUUGACAGAAGUCCUACUUCUACAGCCGAAGCAAAGUUACUCUACGGGUCUCUUCCAUCGCAGCUGGCUAAGCUAUGUCUUCGUUCAAACGGAAGCUCGCCAAACUUUCAAGAUCUACAAGCUUUAGUACUGCUGCAGUUCGCUGCCAUGGCGAACGGCGGAAGUGCUGAAAGAGCUGCGUCUCGACUCAUACAUCCGCUCCUCGUUGCAGCAAUACGACACGAAGGUCUUCUCAAGGUUCACGGCGAAUGUACCAAAGCUACGCGCAAUGCACAAUUUUGGACAUCAUGGAUACAGAAAGAGUCGAAUAAAAGAGUACUCUGGGGCGUUUAUGCUGUCGACUGUUACCAGUCAAUACUUUGCGGCAGUAAACCUAUUCUAUCACCGACAGAUACGAGAGCCUCUUUCCCAUGCGACGAUGCCAGCUGGACGGCUUGUUCUGCAUCUCUAUGGGCUACGCUACCUGCUCAGGAUCCUUCUAGCUGUUUCCUGUCCUCCGUUAAAGGCCUCAUGGUCGGUCAUGCUCCCGCUGAGACAAAUUUGACAGCCUUUGGGAUGAAUCUUUUGAUCUUGGCAGUCAGUUCGCUUUUGCUCGAAGCCCAAACAUCAAUUCUACCCGUCGAUACUUCGGCUCUGGACUUGGCACUUCAGACUUGGUAUGAAACUUGGCAGCAAUUUCAAAUGCAGUCCCAAGACGCCGGCAAUAGAAGUGCAAACUCUGUCCUCAUCACUAACAGUUUGUCCUUGUACCGUUUAGGGGUCAAUUUUCUCAGAAAUGGGCGGCCUGUUCUGGAUGAAAGAAGUUAUCUGGAAAGGUCUACUGACACUAGGAACCCUCUCAUUAUCAAAGAGCAGGUAUAUCAGGACGAAAUGAUGGAAUACGUGAAGGGAGUACUCAGUGCCUUUGAAGAAGCUUAA